UUUCGUUUUAUUUUUUUUUUUUUUGAGUUUGAACUUCAUCUUGAUAUUUUCAACAUUAUAUUGAGAGUUAUAACAUGUUUAUAUGAUGUUUGAAUAUUACUUAUUGACUUGAAAUAAUUUUGACCGGAACGGAACGCCAUAAAAACGCAUCUACUAUAUUAGCCCUGUCGAACGCGAUGCCCAAAAAUCUCGAUAAAUAUAUACAAAGAUUUGUUCUUGUUAACAAAACAACGAAGAGCAAAGAAAACAAAAAAAAACAAAAAAAUUAAAAACGAACGAAAGGAAACAGAAUGAACCAAACCAAAUAAAACGGAGCCAAACAAAACAAACACAAACACAAACACAAACACAAACCACAAAACACAAAACACAAAACACAAAACACAAAACACAAAACACAAAACAAAACAAAACAAAACAAAACAAAACAAAACAAAAAGACAAUAAGAACACAAGGUACAAUUUUCGUUUUCUUUCCAGAUUUAGAACUUCCUGAAACAUUCUUGUGCAAAACCGUAUCAAUAGCAGUUAAAGCUCUUUCCAACACUGAUAAAACUUUGCAGAAGACAAGUUUGAAAAAUGUCGUUAAAGAUCUUGAACAUUUAGCGAACGUGAAGUCAAGAUUUUCGGCGACCGCAAAGUGUGCUUUGAUGUAUCUCAAGACCCAGAUUUGCAUCCUCGAAGUCCAGACGGACCAGUUUUGGAACAGUCCAUCAGUUUUGUGUUGCAAUUGUGGUAGCCUUACUCCAGACGUAGUGGAAGAGCUGAUUGUAUUGUCGUACAAAAUGGAUACUUUGUUUGUUGGUCUUGACUCGGAACAGCGUGGGAUGAUCAGAGAGAUAAGGCUGCUUGCUCACAGUCUUCUUAUUAUCUACUUGCACAGAAACAAUUCUAAAGCACUUCAGAGUAACAGUGUCGCAGUCCGUGUUUGGGAACAACUGCUUGCACGAAUACGCUCACAAAAUAAACUCAAUGGCUCCGGCGAGAGGACUCACGAAUCCCUUAUUCGGACACUUGGGUCUUUCCAAGAUUUUGUCGAGUCCAAUAUAACGAAGCCUUUCGUCAUUGUCGACCAUCUACAGUCUCUGGUCAGUAGUUACCAGCCGCCUCCCCUUGCGCUAGAGAAUCAGUUGCGUCAGGCUAGUGCUGUGAUCAACGAGCCUCAGGGAGGAUCAGAUAAUCCAUUGCGUUUUACCGCUGGACUGACUCUUGGUGUUGACAUUGAUGCAGAUAUCACGAACGUUAUGCAUACGUCACAAGUUUAUAUACAAGUAAGUUAUACCUAGUAUGCAUGUUUUGUUCAUAUGUGCAAGAAGACUAUAAGACUAUGUUUACACUGCGCCAGAGCAAAAUAAUGCCGGCAGAAUUUACGUGUUCACAUGCACUAUACGCCGUUACAGUUUGUUUACAAAUUAUAUUAGUAACCACUUAUGUAAACCGAAAAUAUGUCAAAUAGAGCACAGAAAUUUAAACGAAAAGCGUUCGAAUUUACUGUUUUGAGACCUGAGAUGCUUUGUUUGCAAGCGGUACAAAAAAGUAACGGCGUUUGUGUUCACACGAAGUCGCCAAGCACUCCGUUUUCAUCUCGCUCCGUUUAGAAACCGUGCUCAAAUUGUUACGGCAAAAUUGACAUUUUCAAACAAUUUCGCUCCGGCAGGCUAAUUGUGACUUUUCUGCGCCAUUUCCAAACCGCUCUGGCAUAGUGUGAACGUAAUCUAAUAGACGUUUUCCAAGUUACCUACACAACUUCGUCUUAGGCCACUUUUCCCGCGGUUCUGGCAAGUACAUUUUCCGAAUAGUGUUAAUAUUUGACUAAUUUAUGCGUUUAUCUAGUUUAUGCAACAUCUUUCAAUAAAUAUUGUAGUACAUAAUAUAUUAUUAACUUUUCCGUGAACUUUCUUUGAUGAAUUAUUUGUAAUUUUGAAUAUUUCUACAAUAAUCGAUUUUUGUCGAUGUCUAAAGGCUGAUUUAGAUAACACAAAUUUUUAAAACUGUCGCAUGCAACCAGGGCCGUAACGACAGGGGGAUUUGGGGGUAGGACAAAGGUUGUAAUAUUGCAGUUUUGUCGGGCAAUUUUAACAAUUGUAACGAAACGCUUGUCGGGCAAAAAGUAUGUAAUUGAGCAAAAAAUUUUACAUAAUUUAAUGAAAAGUAAUAGUUGUAGGGAAAAUUUUGAUAAAUUUACGAAACUAUUACUGAAAAAUUGUACAAAUAACGGUACAUUAGUUCGAAACUGUUAGUUAAAAAUGGUUCUCCCCCUUAAGCAACCUGCUUAACAACCAGGGGCCGGUUGUAUAAAACUCUUAUAAUCACUUUUUAAUCACUAUGUUGUAGUUAAAUAGUGAUUAACUCUCAAAUACGCGCUUGUUAUUGGAUGACGUUUCCACUAACUAUAGUUAACUUUAAUCACUUUUUUAUACAACCGGCCCCUGAGUUGUACUGUGUAAAUCAAGCGCACAACUCGCUUAUAUUGUCGUAGGCGAGUUGUAUAUGCUUGAUUUACACAGUGCAACUCGAGUUUUAAGCAGGUUGCAUGCGAAAGUUUUAUAGGCAAAAUUGUGUAGCCUAAACGCUUGUAUUCUAAAAGCACACUCACGCUCAAAGAGUGGAGGUUCAAUCUGAGCUUGGCUUGAGUGUCAAUGCUGUUUUUGAAUAGCUGCAGAGGGUUUAGUGUCGUACCUUACUAUAUGACUACUCACCCUUCAGCUAUUAAAAACCAGCAUUGACAUUCAAGGGAAGCUCAGAUUGAACCUCCACUCUUUGAGUGUGAUUGCGUGUGAGUGAGCUUUUAGAAUACAGGCCUCUAUCGGCCUUGACCAAAACAAAGCAGAUCGUCGGAGCCCAUCUUUUAGACACUAAAACAGCCCACAAAAUAUAUUAACACAACACACGUCUCUAACACAAGUCUCUUGAUAAGUUCUUUGUAUGUUUGCAUGGCGAUAAAACAUAUAAUAGUUUUGUUUGUGGAAACAUCACGUAAAUUUAUUACUGCAAAGCUUUCGAUCCGUAAGCCCAGAUCUUCAUCAGUGCUAAUAAUAUGUGACUUGUUUAAUUCACACGCCCUUUUUACAUACAAAAGUGUCGUGAGCCAACAGAUCACAACACUUUUGUAUAUAAAAGGGCGUGUGAAUUAAACAAGUCACAUAUUAUUAGCACUGAUGAAGAUCCGGGCUUACGGAUCGAAAGCUUUGCAGUAAUAAAUUUACGUGGUGUUUCCACAAACAAAACUAUUAUAAGUCUCUUGAUGUUUUCACGGGUUGAAAAUUUCAACCACAUUUCAACGAAAUUCCGAAAAUGUACUUACCAAAACCGCGGGUAAAAUGCCUGGAACGAGAUGAGUUAUCUUUGGAAACGUCUAUUGGGAGACACACCGGCGUGAGAUCUACAUGUUCUAGCCAUUGAAUAGUUCUAGCUAAUAUAUACAAAAAUCAUUGCAUGUUAUAUGAGAGACGAGCCAAGGAGAAAUGCUGCUUUCCCAACUUCGCACUUGGUACGGUCUCAGUAAAGUGGGACAGCAUUUCUCUAAAUAAAGGUUUUAUCCUAUCUGACCGGCUUUCGCAUAUUUUGUCGAUUUUAACCUGGUAAUAUUGGCGUGUGUACACCACAAAAAUAUUUCGAAGGGUAUAUAUACUUAUACGUCUACCACGGAGAGAUAUUAGGUGGGAUAAAAACAGACACAAGAUAAUUAAAGUAGUUCGUCCUUAUAGGCUACUUUUCCUAGCAUAUAUCUGCUGGGCCGCCCCAACAUGACCGAGUGAUUGGACUGAAACAACCUAUCGAUUUGUAUAACCAGUAUACCUCAUUCCAUUUCAGGUAGUUUUUCCAGAUUUUUCAAGACAACUGUUUAAGCCGAAACCAGCUGACUUUCGGCAUUUUUCAAAGAUGAAACAUCGACUUAUAACAAAAGUUAUAUUCUCUCAUUCAACUUGGUCAGGUGGGUUAACGUUGUUAUGAAAUAAAGCUAUUGCAGAAGUAAGGUUACACAAAGACCUUUCUUGUUUCAUGAUAAGAUUUAAGAUAGGCGUUUCUGUGAUUUUACAAAAACCGCUAAAAUGCUGGAUCUAUAUAUAUGGCCCAAAAUGUAUAUCUAUAUAUAUGGCCCAUUAUGCUGCAUGGGCUCUUAUUUUCAUCAUAAAAUUUCAAGAAGUACGUAACCUUUUUCUUCCAUUAAAAGGCAAUAAAUGCAGAAUUUGGAAUUUUUUCAUGUACCUCCAUUAGUAACGCUUUGCCCAAUUUCUCUUGAAAGUUUAAAACGUGUCAUGUUUUUUCGGGGCAAAACAUCCAGGAAUGCGACUACAUUCUUAAUGUCGUGAUAUCGACAUUAAUGGCACUUCUACUUUACGUUUACUCUGAUGCAUAAGUACACAAUAUUUAUAUAGUAUAAUUUUAGCAAUUUGCGACCAGCAUGUACAUGAGGCCAGUACAUGAUCAUAUUUCACACAAUUUUCACGAUUCCGCAUGCAUGGGACACCAAUAUGGUUCUCAUUUAUACCUAUAUCAAAACAUAAAAACAUGGAAUAUUGACUACAGAUAUAUGCGAAACAGAGUCUACACGCGAAAGCGCAAUUAGUCUGUCAAAAAUAUUGAAAUGGCAAAACAAGCUGAAAUGCCUGGAAAGUAAUGUAAAUAUAGAGCGGAAGAACUCUGAAGAUUGGGAUAUACACCUGGGUUGUUUUGAAUGACAUAUUUAUAUUUUUUCUGUUUGACAAUUUCAUCCACACAGUGCAUCCAAGGUGUCCGUUGUAACGGGAGUAGAACAAUAAAAUGUUUGUUUGUGACCACAUGGAGUGUCCGCAAUGGACCAUUUGCAUUAUAGACUAAAUUUUGAUCUAGACAAAAAUUUCAUCACAGCUUGAAAGAGCAUCGCAAAAUUAGUAAUAUUCCAAAGUUUCGUUGCGAAAUGUUGUAAAAUGCGGAUAAUAUAGCCUUGCGAAAUUUGCAAUUUUCAGUCAUUUUGUAUUACAAACGGGAAAUUGAUGCCCCAACACCCGAUUGGGCUGUCAAUUUCCCGUUUGUAAUAGAAAAUGACUGAAAACGGCAAACUUCGCAAGGCUAUAUUAUCCGCAUUUUACAACAUUUCGCAACGAAACUUUGGAAUAUUACUAAUUUUGUGAUGCUCUUUCAAGCUGUGAUGAAAUUUUUGUCUAGAUCAAAAUUUAGUCUAUAAUGCAAAUGGUCCAUUCCAUAAUAGUGAGAGUUAUUUCAAUGCAUUUCAUAGUGGUUUCCGCCAGAGAUUUACCAACUGUCCUUAAUUAAUAGCGGGGUGUCCGCAACUAUGGGGUGUCCGCAAGCGAGAGUUGAUUGUACUGUAAUUAUUAAAUUAUUCUAUUCUCCGUAUAAAGAAAGUUACUUUAAUUUUACAUUAUAUGAUCACAUUUUGAUUAUUAUUUUAGUCAAAAUGGCUAAAUAAAAUCGAAACGUUGAAUUGAAAAGGUUUACUUAUUCGGAGUUAUCUGGUUCUGCCCUAAUUUCUUAAUGUCAUUUCAUUCAUUUUCAUUCUUUAGAUCCUUGCUACGUGGAUGUUUCCCUGGUUUUGAAGUAUGCACAAGAUAUCAACGAACAAGAAGUAGUAGACUUCAUUACAUCCGUUUUGGAAACAUCAGCUGAGAAAAGCGACAAGAAAAUUGUCAAACAGAUUAAGAAUCGUGCAGACAAUUUACAAGAUGGCUAUGUCGAGCUUUGUUCACCUGUUCAGAUAUACGUUCUGCCAAAGUCUUCCAGUCACUGAGUGUGUAUAACAGCUAAGUAAAGCUACUCUCUUUAUAAUUAUACAGCUAGGGCGCUACAUCGAAGAAGGUCAAAACUUACAAACAUAAAAUCUUGCAUGACCUUUAAGGUCAUUAGACAGCUUUUGCACAUUGUGUUGUAAAUACCUUAGAUUUUAAAAAUUUUCCAGACCCUAUAAGAAUUGAGUUGUUGGAAGGCUUGUUGUCAAUGUGGUAUUUACAUAAACAUACCAUACAAAUACGUAUUAAUAAGUGAAGAUUGAAUUAGAGGUGUGCAAAUCCGAUCCGUUCGGAUUUCAGAACCAAAAUAUUCAUUUCGGAUCUGAUCGGAUUGACAAAGUUGUUUAUAUUAAUUAUCCAUGCAUUUAUCAAAGCAUUAUCGCGGUUGUCGCUGCAUUAUUCGUUUGAUACUUCAAUUGGACGUCACUUUGUCAGCUUCUUGACAUGUAUUUCUUGCUUUUAUAUUUAUUUGGUUAAAUAUUUCAACUUGAAUGAGAAAUUUAUUUUAUUAAAGAAUUCAUCGCAUCGGAUUGGACUUCUUUAUCAAAACUCGGAUCGGAUU